AUGUGCAAAAGCGGCCUAACACUACAGUCUUCUCUAAGGGCGUCGAUACUGACAAACCCUCAAGGGCAGACUCCAUCGAAACAAGGAGAGUACCCUCCACGAUCCCUCCUGAUGACUGAGGGUCCUGAUGAGCGGCAUAAAAUCUUCCCUAGGCUUAAUGGGGAGGAGGCUGGUGUUGUAGUCGCUGCUGCUGCUAUGGGGGCUAUCGCGGAGGCUAAUACGGUGCCCUCAGCUGCUGUUGCUGUGGAUGAGGACACUCGUGCCUACGAUGUCCUGUCCUACCGCACCCAAAAAUACACUUGUUCAUCUAAGGCGACAAUCAAAUGCGACGUAUACAGCUUUGGAGUAGUACUGAUGGAGCUGAUUACUGAGAAAAAACCCAUCGAUGCAGAAUCCGACGAGAACAUGAACAUCGUAUUUUGGGUCUCGCAAAAGAUCCCAACCAAAGAAGGGGUUUUCAAUGUCUUAGACAAGCGAUUAUCAGGCUCAUUCGGGGACGAGAUGAUCCAAGCACUGAGAAUUGCCAUCCGUUGCACUUGUUCGGCCCCAGCUCUUCGCCCCACCAUGAAAGAAGUCAUCCAGCUGCUGAUUGAUGCAGAUUCGUGCUAG